AUGUGGGAACAUGACGAGACCUGCCAGCUCCUAGCCCACUUCCAAUGGAGCUUUAGCAAUGGCGUUGAUUUCUGGACUACCGCAUUUCCCAAAUUCCAAGACACUGUCCAACGAGCCUUCACCAAUGACCAGGCGGAGAAGCAGCUGCAGCAUAUAUCGAGCCAGCAUGGCCAGAUGGAAGGCGAUGAUGACUAUGUCAACUUGCUCGAAUCUGGCCUCGAUUCGUUGAACCUACCAGACGAGAUCGCCAGGAACGUUGAUCAGUUCUUGAACCGUAUACCCGACAUCAGCGCUAGCCAGUCUGCAGACGAUGCGCGUGCGAAAUGCUGCCUCAAGAGGCUCUUGGUGACUUUCUUGGUCUCUCCAGAGAAGUUGAAAACCAUAUUGCCGGGCGAAGAAGGUGCUGCAACCGCGGGCCUCGUUGAUCAAGUCUCCUCUGUAGACACUGGUCAAAUAACAGCAGCGCAACAGUCAUCUCAAGCCUCAUCGCCCCUCGGCCCGACAAACCAACUUGUCGAAAACUCAUCCCCAAAGAGGGGUGAAGCCUCCGUCGAGAAAGGUUUCGCCGGUUCCCUACCACCCACUAGAAGAGAGAUAGUGGAAAUAGAAACCCGAUUAAUUGCGUCGCUGAUCGAAAAUGAGCGGCUCAAGAAAGAGCUAGAGCAACAUUACAAACCCGAAGCCCGCGUGCUGCACACACUUCAGCAAUUUCUGGAGUCUACACAUGUGAGGGCCCGACGCAGCAGAACCAUCAACGCCAACGGUCCAGAAGCACCAGACAAACAAGCCUCUUGCAGUGAUCUCGCCGAGUCCUGGGCUCUUAAUACCUUUAAGAGAGACCUGAAAGAUUGCAUUUCUCAAGUCAGAGAGUCCAAGCUUUUAAAAGACAAGUUGCUCCUUGGACUAGUAGGUUCAGCAGUUAUCGAAAUGAUAUUCGAGCCAGCCUUCCCAGCAUUCAUUCAAGCGCCCAAUCCUGUGGCGGAAGCCUAUCGGAAGCUCAUCCUUGAUAUCUCGGGUCCCACUGAGCUUCAUGAAGCAGACAGCAAUGUUCUAACAAACCUCAUCAGGAAGCAUGAGCCCGAAAUCAUCAAAAGAAAGGUUGAUGAACUGGAUCGUAUCCUUCAUAAACACUUGGAUUUCUUCUUCGUCUCUCCAAAUGGCGAGACUGAAGACCAAGAAGAAGCGUCGAGGCAAGAUGCCGUUUUCACUUUCUUUCUCACAUCGGCGCUGGAGUUCAAGAUCGAACUCACAUCGAACACCACGCGACUGAAGUUCUUCUACUAUGCACCGGAUGAAGCCUUUGAUGAUACACGUAUGGAGCGGUGCAUGUUUUCAGAUCGUGAAAAAAACACCAUCAAAGCCUGCUUGUUCCCUCUCCUCUUAUUCCCGCCGGAAACACCAACUUUAAAGGAGAAUGUGCUCGAGCACAAUACCAAAUACAGCACGUACUUCACAAGGAUAUUCGAGGGAAGCCAUCUUGAUCUGCAAUUGGCGGCAAAGGCAAUCGUGCUGACCUAG